AUGUCUAAGAAAGAAGAGAAAGGAGCCAAAACAUCCGUCUCGAUUUUCUCGCUUUUUAGCUGUUGCGUUCAAGGCCGAUCGCGUCCAAAAGUGGAGAAGAAAAGCACUGAAAGCAUUGAUUUGAAAGACGCUCCACCAGAACAAGGAAAGGACGUGUUACAAAAUGGAGAAACGGGAGACAAAAGAUCUGAUUUGGAACUAGAAUAUGCGCCUCCAACAAGCGAUUCUGUUGUAUCACCAAGCGAUGACUACAAACCGGCAAACUACGAGGAGGCUAGUACUGUCUCUGCGGCACCUUCCAGCGUCGGAAGUGAAGAGGAUCCCAGUUACAACGCACCCGGGAGCGUGCAAGUUGUACAAGAACAAGGCUCAGCGUCGGGAGUUUCUAGGGAGAUCGGGGUAGGCGGACGGCUCAAUCUGCAGUUCGUUUUUGAUCCUCAGCCGUCCAAAUUGACUCUCACUGUCCUGGGUGUAGAGUUUCUUCCAUUCCAAAAAUGGAAGAUGGAUGAUUUGGAAGUGAGCUGCAUGCUUUUACCCGUUCGCCAGCAUAGUUUUCGCGUGCGCCCCAAGAAGUUUAAAGACCCUUUCACCAUGGUUCUUACCCCAAAGGAUAAGAUCAAUCAUAUGUCUCUGCGAUUCCGGUUGUACGAUCACCGCGGUAUGUCCAAGUUCCUGAUCGGACAAGGAGUGGUGAAUCUCGGAGAGAUCAGGCUUGGUCCGCAAGCAGUCACCAUUGCCCUGGAUAUGAAUAUUCCAGAUACCUACGCCAUCGAUUCUCGUCAACUGUCUAGCAUUACGGGAGAAACUGUUCAACCGUCCUCAGAAGACAGCAAACCCGAGAUCCUUCUUUCGCUGGAAUACCGCUCACUGACGAGGAAACUCAUCGCCGAAGUCAUCAAAACACGUAAUCUGGGCCUCCUGAACAACUCCAAGCCGCAAGAUAUCGCUGUGGAAAUGAAGCUGAUCGGAGAAAACAACCAGCUUCUACGCAUCUGCCGAACAACCCUGAAGCGUCACGUUAUCGAUGCCGAAUUCAACGAGAUGUUUAUGUUCCGCGUCACAUAUGAAAAGCUAGCAAAUAUCGGCGUUAUCUUCACGUUGUUCCGUGUAACGGAGAGGCGAGGAAAGAGAGAGAAUAUUGGCGAAGUUUGCUUUGGUAAGCAGUCAAGUAGUCAUCAACAGCAGAAUCACUGGAAUGAAGUCAUGAAGGGCAGCGAGAGAGUAAUCACGCAAUGGCACCCACUGUUUAAAUAA